GACUCGAACGUCCACCGCGACGAAAAGAGCAAGAAAGAAAGCAAAACCCCCUUUACCUCUUUGGUGUAGAACAGAGGAAGAGGGAGUGCAAAACAUCUUCCUUACUCGAAUCGAAGAAGCCAGCGGAAGCCUCUGACAGAAGCCUUCGUCUUUCUCUUUCAAGUGAUUUUUAGCAAGUCUUAAGUGAGUAGCAAGGAAUUAUGACGACAGCAGCUCGCCCUACGUGGGCACCUGCAAAGGGUGGUCAAGAACAAGGUGGUACUCGAAUUUUUGGCCCUUCACAGAAAUACUCUUCCAGAGAUCUUGCUUCUCACACAACUUUAAAGCCCAGGAAAGAAGGACAAGAUACCCAAGAAGAACUGAAGAAGAGGAACCUCCGGGAGGAGCUAGAAGAGCAUGAAAGAAAGCAUUUUUCUUCAAAGGACAAGUCUUAUAUUGAGAACAGAGAUCGAAGAAAAGGAAGCCAGCUUCUCUUGGAAGGUACAAAGCGGGAUACUGAAGACCGCAUUGUUCCUCGCAAUGUGGAUGCUGAUGAUUCUGAUUGUGAUGUUAAAAGUGAUGAUGGAAGUGAUGAAGAUGACGAUGACGAGGAUGACACAGAAGCUCUUCUGGCUGAGCUUGAAAGAAUAAAGAAGGAGAGAGCUGAAGAGAAGCUUAGGAUGGAACGACAAAAACAAGAAGAGGAGCUGAAAGCUAAAGAGGCAGAAUUGAUUCGAGGAAAUCCUCUACUUAAUGCAACUUCCUUCAAUGUCAAAAGAAGGUGGGAUGAUGAUGUGGUGUUUAAGAACCAGACUCGUGGAGAAACCAAGACGCCUAAGCGUUUCAUCAAUGACACCAUCAGAAAUGACUUUCAUCGGAAAUUCUUGCAGAAAUACAUGAAGUAGUUCCAUAAUCAAGUUAAAAGACGGAAAUUGUAGACUCUAGAUUUUGAACUUGAGAAUCCUUUCGUAAGAAAAGCAUUGUACUUGGUGUUGAAAAGUUGGAAACUGCUGCUUAUUGUAGUCUGCAAGAUUAAAUGUUAUUACGAGUUGAGUGGUGAUUAACCAUGUUCA